UAUUAUGUUUGAAAAUGACUCAGUACAUACUUUUACAUUUUCUGGUUAAAAAGAGAAUUUACUUCAUCAUUGACACAAUUAACCGCUGAGCUAGGAAGAAAAGAAAAAGUUAUAUAUAUACUUCAUCUUAUACUGAUGGAACUUACGUGACAUAAGGAUAUGACAAUCAAAAUAGAAUUUCCAUUGCUUCUUGGUGACAAAGAUGUAGUUAGAGUAAGGAGAUGGAGUUUCGUUAGAAGCACAAGAUGGAUGUUGGUUAGUUGUGUUGUUUUGUUGGUGCUGACGUACGGAUGUGAAGCGCAGUACCAAAUAUGCGAGGAGGUGGGUGGGUCAUACUCGGCCUGCACCCCUACCCCCAUGACCAUCACGAGAACUACCAACGUAACAACCACAGUGGAACCAACUAAUAAAACAUGUGGAUUAUCGGGUGCCGAAUACUACUUCCGUUUAGGAAAGAAAACGCGAGCACUGAAAUGCGAUGCCUCGUCAACACAGUAUAAACACCCGCCUGAAUACAUGCUGGACGGCACGACCGACGACACGUGGUGGCAGUCGAUCACGUGGACGAUACCUGAAUACACCAACGACAGGACGGCGUUCCCGAUCAACAUCACCCUGUCGUUCAACAAGAUCUUCAGGAUGACGGAGAACCUGACCAUCACCUUCGACUCUGGCCGUCCCCAGAAGAUGUUUCUACAGAAGUCGCUGGACUACGGGCAGACGUGGACGGACAUACAGUACUACGCCCGCGACUGCAGCGAGUUCCCCGGCAUCCCCACCAAAUACACCACCGAAACUCCAACCACGGUGAUCUGCUCGGAGGCGUUCAGUCAGGACAGGUCCACUCCGAGACCAGGGGGAAAGGUCUUCUUUCCGGGCUCCACAGAACGGCUGAAGGAGACGGCGACGAGAGAAAAGUACUACGAGUUGUUGGAGACGACUCACCUGGAGGAAUUCAUGAGUUUCACCGAUAUAAGGAUUGUGUUGCUCUACCCGGCGACGGACUCGCGGGAGAAGUUUACCCGCAAAAACCCAAUGGAUUUCUACCAGUACUACUAUGCCAUAUCUAAUAUCGAAUUAAUAGCAAGUUGUUUCUGUAAUCAACAUGCUGGUGUGUGUCUCGAGAACGACCAGCGACAGUUUCACUGCCAGUGUUCUCACAACACGGCCGGGAGAGACUGUGAGAAGUGUCUCCCGCUUUUCAACAACCGACCGUGGAGACAAGGCAGUUUCAUUCCUUAUCAUCGUGGGCAGGCCAACGAAUGCAUUAAAUGCCAGUGUAAUGACCAUGCUGACAGCUGCACGUACAAUGCAACCUACGGACGCGGUGUGUGUGACAGCUGUACCAACAACACCACUGGGUACCACUGUGAGCUGUGUCUGGAAACCUUCUACCGCAACACGUCUCUGCCGCUCAGUGACCCAGAAAUCUGUAUCAGUUGCGACUGUGAGCCACAAGGCAUUACAGAUGAUGGUAAAUGUCAGCAAGAAGUUGGGAACUCUCUGAAGCCCCUGGGUCAGUGCAACUGCAAACCAAAUGCCACCAGUCGACGGUGUGACGCAUGCUUCGAUGGAUUUUACGGAUUGGUGGCCAACGGCAACUGCUCAGCCUGCAAGUGCAAUGUGGAUGGAACCACGGGGAAGAGUAACGUAUGCCGACAGACAGAUGGACAGUGUCCGUGUAAAACGUCCACUACUGGAAAACACUGUGACACAUGUAAAGAUGGUUACUAUUUGUUUCCAACAGGAAGACCAGAUGCGGAAUGCACUGCAUGCGGUUGUGACCCGGGAGGAUCGAAGACAGCCGUCUGUGAGAAUAGAUACGGCACGUGCACGUGCAGAGACCAUGUGGCAGGACCAAAGUGCCAUCGGGUGGAGGAAAACUUCUACAUUCCGGCUCUCGACAAGCUGCUUCUACAGCCGGAUACCGGAAGCUGUCCAGUCUCUGCUGAUCUGUGGAUGGCUGGACAGCCGUUUGACGGGAAUGUGUUUGCCGUGUGUCCACCUGCCGCUACCUCUGCUGUCGACUUCCAGUUUACUGAUGGCCGAAACCAACAGCUUUAUGUCAUUUGGCCUCACUACGUCGGUGUGCGGUACUCUCUGUCUGGUACCACUCAACGGGUUAUUAACCAGCUAGAAGUCACUGUGGUUGGCAACAGUGGAGCAGAUCUCACUGGCCUGGUAGACGACAAUGGCCAGUCUGUUGGGUCAACCUGUCCUGAGACCACAUUGAGUGCAGUGUCCACGAUUCCUGUUGUUUUUCAACCUGGUCUAAGCACUGGGAUUGUGUCAGGUAAGGCAAUCGUGAACCUUGACCGCAGAUGUCGCUACAAGUUCAGGCUAAGUCUUCAAGGACAGCCCGGUGACACAGAAAGCAUACGUAUAGACUCCAUUGUCUUGAUCCCUGCUCUCAGUUAUGAUGUCAUGGGAAAAUCUUUUGCAGAAUAUAAGCAAGCAGGCGAUACUUCACUUCUCACUGAGAAAUACAUCACUUGUAUCCGGAAAAUGUCAUCACUUUUGAUGCGUGAUGAAGCCUUACAACAGGAGCCGUGUGGAAGUCUUCUGAAAUCUGUCGCUGCAGAACUUUAUAAUGGGGGACGAGCUUGCAACUGCGACUCAGUGGGUUCACUUCCUGACACCAAGUGUCAGAUGCACGGCGGCCAGUGUCAGUGUAAACCGGGAGUGGCAGGGCGACGUUGUGACGUCUGUCAUCCGGGUUACUUCAACUUCACCUCGUCGGGCUGUCAACCAUGUUCCUGCGAUGCCGGUGGAUCUAAAAAUGGUGACUGUAACAAACAGACUGGCCAGUGUGACUGUCGUCAGAACGUCGCCAUGUUUGGACAGAAUAAUACGAAUGGAAUGCUGAAUGACAGGCAUUGCACUGCAUGUGUCUCCAAUUUCUACGGGUUUGGAAACACUGACGGUUGUGUCCUCUGUAACUGCGAUCAGACUGGAUCAACUAGCCCGCAGUGCGCUAAUGACGGCCAGUGCCCUUGCAAGGAAACAAUUGAUGGACGCCGGUGCGACAAGUGCAAGCCAUCGUUCUUUUUCUUCAGCGCAAAUGGAUGCCAGUCCUGUAACUGUUCCACAGCGGGCAGCGAAUCUGUUGAAUGUGACCAAAUACAGGGAAUAUGCAAGUGUAAAAGCAGCGUGCGAAAUGGCGGCAAGUGUGACCAAUGCAAAGAUGGCUUCUACAACCUAGCAGACUAUAACCCUCGGGGCUGUCAGCCAUGUUUUUGUUUUGGCCAUGGAGAUUCGUGUAAAUCAGCAGAGGGAUUCUCGGAGACAACAGUUUCAGUGUCAACAACGGAUGGCUGGGGGAGCGAAAAUGAGUUCAUUGUAGCUCCUGCCGAGUUCUUGGGCGAUCACCAUUCUUCAUAUGGACAACUCCUGACGUUUCAACUGGCUAAGGCUGGGGCGGACAUUAAACUAGAAAACCAAGUUCUAGUAACUAUUGAGGGUCACGCCUUGAAACUGCUGCAUUAUGGAGACCAAUCAGCAAAUGGUACUGGUGACGUCAGCAUCAAUGUUCGACUGUUUCCGGAACUGUGGAUCAUUGAAUCGAAAGGAAAAAAACCUACAUCGGAUGAAAUGUAUCGUAUUUUGGCAGGGAUGGAGAAGCUAACAUUUCGGAAAUCAGUAGCCGGUAAACCACUUAUAGUGUCUAUGGUAUCCAUGGUAACAGCUCAGCUUGGUGAUAAAAACCCAACAACGUUUGUCGAAGACUGCAUGUGCAAGCCAGCUGAAUUUGUAUCAGGCACAUCUUGUCAGAACUGCACGGGCGGAUACCAGCGAUACAACCAGUCCACCUUGACGCCAUACGACAUAUGUGUGUCAUGUUCCUGCAACGAGAGGUCCACCGAAUGUGACGAGAACUCGGGGGUCUGUCUCAGCUGUAGGAACGGAACGACCGGGAAACACUGUGAGAACUGUUCCGCUAACGUGAUCUCUCCACAGUGUAAUGAAUGUGUAGACAGAUUCUUUGGCAUGGGAAUUGAUGGAUGUAGAGCCUGCAACUGCAGUGAAAUUGGAUCGCUCAACUUGGUAUGUAACAAAAGUACUGGUCAGUGCCUGUGUGCCAGUCACGUGACAGGCCGUGUGUGUGACGUAUGCGAAGAUAACUACCACAGUUUGACCAAAAAUACUGGCUGCACAGUGUGUUCUGGCUGCUACGAUCUAGUUGGUGAAGAGGUAGUGAAGUUACGAUUGCUUCAAGAGAACCUAACGAAUGUGGUAACAGCUCUAGAGGCCAGCGAUAACACAGCCAGCCUUGACUCCUUCCCAGUGCGACUAGCAACAGCCAAUAUAGCCAUGAACAAGCUUCUUGAAUUCUUGAGAACAGCAGAAGCAUCAGAAGAGACGAAUCGUGGAAAGUUGUCUGCUUUUAAUUCCACCAUUAAAUACCUGUCAUCAGCAGUGGGCUUGGUAGAAACUGAAAAGAAAGCAAGCAUCUCAGCUCUUCUGAAUGAAGCUCGGAACAACAUCCAGAAGGCCGUUGAUGCUAAGAAGCAAAUAACAACACAUAUGAUUAAGAUAAAUAGCCUAAUUGCACCCCUGGAGGUUAUUGCAGCAUCACUUAACAGCCUGAUGACGUCACUGAAGGAGGUGGAAGCCUACCUCCAAAACAUAUCAGAUUCUGCAUCCACCGAUCUGACGGGCGUUUUAAAUACAGUGUCUCUUAUAGAAAACACAGCUGCAGAGGCAGGCAGGCUGGCAGAAAGUUUGCUACAGGUUGUGCAGUCCAUGCUGGUAAAACAUGACAAAAAUGGCCGCGACAUAACAGCCUUGCAAGGAACUGCGGUGACCUUGAAGUCUCUGGGUGUGACGACGAAUGAUGAGGCCAACCGGGUGUUUCUGAAGAGCAGCAACGCGCUGGAAGCUGCAACACGUCUCCAGAACAUCAGUCAGUCACUGGGCACAUCGAGCGUGGACUUUGUAAAUCUGAACACGCAGCUCAAUGGCUUGAAGUCACGAGCAGAUACAGCAAAUACACAGGCAACUAAUGGAACAACAGAACUGCAGAAUCAGCAGCAGACGAUACUGCAGGCAUCUAGUCUGGCCGAACAACAGCGGAUGAACACGGUAAACAUGGUGCAGUCCGGAGAUGGUCUGGAGGAGAGAGCAGUCAAUGCUAGCAGGAAGGCUACGGAUGCACAACGAAAUUCGGACGAUGUUUUCACGUCUGCGCAAAACAUGUUGAAUACCAUGAGAAAUUUCAGUACAAAAGCUGCAGAGGUUGAAACGAAGGCAAAUACAGCACUUCAGAGUGUACAAGCCUUGGACGCAUUGAGUCAACAGGUCAUCAGCGAUUCCAACACGCUCAUCAGUUCUUUAACCACUACACAGCAGAGUGCUUCCCUGGCCAAGGAGAUUGCCAGACAGGCCAAGGCAGUUGCACAACAGCAGAACGACGGUAUGAAAACCGUGUGGAAUGAGUCCCAAGCAUCAGUAGCCUCCCUUGACCAAGACUUUGUGAACAUCACCGCGAAGAACGGCCGACCACAGGAAGUGACAAACACUAUCGUGAUGCCGGCGCAGGCUCUGUGUGAUUCCUAUGGGAUGGGAAUAGACGAGGCCACCGCGAAAACAAGAUUGGCAAGUGCGGCUGUAGCGAAUGCCACAUCAUCCGUCAACUCCAUCAACACAAAGGCCAGCAACAUCCUCAAUGAACUCCGUAACCUUGGUAACAUUGACACUGCCAGGAUUUCGGCCCUUCAGCAGGAGGUUGCUGCAGCUCAGACUCUGUUUGAUUCUCAAGCUCUGGCAGCAGCCAUCACUGUCAUUAAGAAUGAAUUUGACCUUCAGUCGCAGUGGUUACUGACAGCCAGACAGAAAAAGACAAACACUGGACAGGAAAUUAUUCGUUUGAAAGCCGUGCAGGUGUCAAUAAUUCCUUGAAAUUGAAGCCGGGGUGUUUGGCUCACUGAUGUCUGAAGACUUAUUGUUAAUAAGUGAUAAUUAUACUCAGAAUCCAGUAGCAGAACCAGGGAGGUAGAUUAGGGAGUCUAUGAUUUUAAUCAGUUAAACUCCAUCCCCCAUCACAGAACCAAAAGAUCAAAUUUCCUUGUCUUCCUAAAGACUUGACACAACUACUUCAGAAAAAGAGUAGCAAAUGACAUUCCAGAAAGAAUGCAGUAUAAGUCAGUUUACUGUGUCAUUUCAUUGAUUCUUAAAACAAAUCCAGCUAUCGGAUAAGGAUACCUUGAAGUCUUAUUGUCAAUGUUGAUAUAUUUAAAUUUCCAAAUAUCUUACAAAUAUCAUUCAUCUUGGCUAUAGUCAUCUUAAGUGUAUCUUCAUUUGGAAAAUACAUAGAUAAAAACUUAAUCAGUACACCUUACUGCUACUGGUAGCUCUUCUUUUUUCCAAACUCCCAAGCCAUUAUUUUCCACCUUAAAGAAUAUUAGUAGUUUCACAGAUAGAUAACUUAUCUGAAGGAUUUCUGAAUAUAAUUAUUGUUUAUUUUGAUAUAAUUGUCAAAUAUUUGUCGUUGGCAUUACAACACAAUACCAUCAGUAUAUUUCUGAAUGGAAAAAAUAUAGAUGUGUACAGUUUCUGGUGUUUUAAACAUAUCCAUUUGAUAUUAUAAUAAUAUAGUGCAUUUUUCACAGUGUGGACUCCACACAUUAUGUAAGGAAACAAAUACAUAUGUAACAAUACAGUUAUUUGUUUUUACAAUCAGUGUGGCUUCAAUUGUUUUAUACAAAGAAAAAAAAUUUGCGAUUGCGAUUGCGAUAUUGCUGACAAGCAACCUCUGCAAUUUAGCAAAUUUCCAUGGCAAAAAAACGUGCCAUUAAAAAAAAAAUUAAUAGUCUAUGGCAUAAAAAGUGCAUACCUGUAAGCAUUAACAACAUGCAACAAUCUCCCUGGCUGCAUGUUAUUGCAGGGGUUGGGACCAGUCA